GUUUCCUCAGCCAGUUUGCUGACCUGUGGGAUCUGUCAGGCUUCCGGCCAGAUCUUCAUCAGCCCAGACUCACUCACAGGAGUGGAGAGGUACCGGACCAUUCUGACCCUAGAAAACGUCCCAGAAGAUGUCCUGGAGUACAGCUGGUACCGGGACACGGACAACAGUACAGAAAACAUGAUUUUUAGCUAUAAACCUCCCAAUACCCGACACCCUGGACCCUUGUACACUGGUCGUGAGAACGUGACCCGCGCGGGUAGCCUGGUGAUCAGGAGGUCAGCACUGAAUGACACGGGCCACUAUACCGUCGAGGUGGACACCGGCAACGGGACUCAAAGAGCGACUGGCUGGCUCAAGAUUCUAAAGUUGGAAAGCAACCCAGGCAUCUCAGCCAAUGCUUCAGCCAAUGCCAGUGUCCUGGUGGAAGGCAUGGAUUCCGUGGUUGCCAAAUGUCUUACCAACUCCUCCAACAUCAAGUGGUAUGUGAAUUCUGUACCAACUUCAGGCAAUAACCGCAUGACAAUUUCCCUGGACGGCAAGACUCUGGUCAUCCACAGGGUCAGUCGCUAUGACCGCAAUCUUCAGUGUGCCAUAGAAGAUUUCCCAGAAAUACUUCAGAGGAGUGAGGAGAUACCGCUGAGUGUGGCCUAUGGGCCAGACUAUGUAUCACUGUGGACCCAGCCCGAUGUCUUCAAUGGUGUGCUGACUGCUGUUCCUGGCUCCACUGUGCAGCUGGAAUGCACCUGUUUCUCCAGGCCAGACCCCAAGUACCACUGGAUCCAUAAUGGCUCCCUCCUAAGUGUCUCAGAGGAGAACAUGACCCUCCCUAGUCUGUCCUGGGAGCAAAUGGGCAGUUACCGGUGUAUUGUGGAGAACCCGGAGACCCAGCUGGCCUUCUACAGGGAGGUCACCAUCCAGCCACCUCUUUCCAGGCCACUGCCUGCUGUCCACAGAGAGUUCUCCAUUUCAGGAUCCUUGGUAAUAUUUCUCAUCAUAUUGGCAUCCCUGGGCAGUGCCUACAUCUGUGGAAUCCUGGUCUACACCCUGAUUAUAUUUUGCUCCAUCAGGAGGAACCGGGCAUAAGAGUUCACGGCAGACCUAGAGGCGAGCUCAGCCUAGCAAGGAGGUGAGGGAGAGAGACAAGAGUGAGUUUCCCAUGGGGACCAGCUGAAUUGGACCAUCACAGGGUGUCUCCUGGGGAGGGAGCCAGCCAGUCUCAGUGAACCGAAGAAAUCAAGCCUUCUAGGUGAACUGGAAGACUCUAUAUGGGACCUGGAUGAGGGUUGACAUCAUAGGUAGCCUGGCCAUUAGCAGCACCAUCUGCCAA